AUGGACACCAGCUACCUCACCACCCAAGUCAACACAAUCAUCGGGCAACUGCACGCUAUAUUCGACGAGAUAGGUGUCCCUCGGAAUGAACGCGAAUCAAGAGAAACAGAGCUCUUUGCAGCUCUGUCCGAGGCUCUGCACAACCAGCUCCGUCUGGUCAAUUCUGAGAAGAAUGCAAUGACCGAAGAAGCUCAGAACAUCAUCAAGACUAUCAAACAGAUGGAACAGUCGCUCGAAGACGAAAAGGACAGAGGCUACGACCUGGACACCAACGCCCUGCGAGUCACAUAUCCCCUGAUCGACUGUCUACGCGACCUCAAAGAGAAAUACAAUGUUAUCAGUAGAUUACACAGAGAGCGUUUCGAACAAGUCAAGAAACUUGUGCAAGCUCUCGAAUCAUACUCUUCGCAUCUCGAAUCAUCCUUUGUGAAGAUCAGACUACCCCCUACCUCUUCCAACAGCUGUCCUCCCAACUUCGACCUCUCUCCCUCCUACGUCACAACACUUGAUGAAGAAUUUACCAGGGUAUAUGACGAAUAUAACAAAAGGGUUGCAGUUGUGCAACAAACCGCAGAAGAAAUUGUCAGACUGUGGUCUGAACUGGGCAUCCCCCAAGCACAGACGGACUCUCUGAUUGUCCGACAUUACCGCGACUCGCCUGAGCAGCUAGGUCUACACCAAGCGGACCUUGAUCGGAUAAAGAGCCGUCGCGAUAAACUCCUCGACGAGAAGAAGAGCCGGGAGAAGCGGCUAAGCGAGAUGAAGAGGAGCAUAGAGACUUUGUGGGACCGCCUUGGAAUCGAAGCACCGGAUCGGAAAGCAUUCCUGGCUGCCAACCGAGGUUGUGGACUAAGAACCAUCAAUGAGUUCGAGGACGAACUUACAAGACUCAAUGAAUUGAAGAGACAGAAUCUGCAUUUGUUCGUCGAGGAUGCUCGCGUCAGACUGCAAGAACUUUGGGAUUCAUUGUACUUUUCCGAAGAAGAGAUGCUCGAUUUCACCCCAGCUUUCUCAGACGUCUACAGCGACGCUCUGCUCUCAGCCCACGAAGCAGAAAUUGAGAGGCUCAUGACGCUAAGAGAGCAACGUGCACCUAUCCUGGCUAUGGUCGAGAAAUACAAGUCUCUGGUAGCCGACCGAGAAGCGCUGGCGGCGUCUGCCAAUGACGCUUCACGCCUCAUGCUGAAACCCCAGAAGGGGGAGAAGCGCGACCCUGGAAAGUUGCUGAGAGAAGAGAAGAUGAGGAAGAGGAUUGCGAAGGAGCUACCAAAGGUCAUAGCUGAAUUGACCAAGGUUCUAGAGAAGUACGAGGACGAAUACGGUCGGCCGUUCUUGGUUCAGGGUGAGCGAAUGCUGGAUGAGAUCGAAGAAGUUGAAGUCAAAGCACCGCCGCCUCGAUCAAAGACGCCAAAUGGUCUGCCUCCAAGAUCGAAGACUCCCGCCCCGGCAACAGCUUCAAAACCAGUUUCCACUGCUGCAAAAACUGCGCCUCCAGCCAGACCAGCCAGUGUGAUGAAAGGGCCUCCGCCGCGGUCAGCAACUGCGAAGACUCCCACAACCAGCAGGCCUGGCACAAUCAGACAACAAGCGGCACCAACUUCGGUUUCCACAACCGCAGUACUCUCGUCUCAACCUAAGUCUCCCUCCAAGAUACCAGCUCGCGUUCCGCUCGGAAAUCUGAAGAACUCGCCAGAACGCCGUGCCAUUCCUCAACCAGUCUCUCAUAACGCGCAGCCAGAACCACAACCAAACUAUUCCCAGAAUGCCAGAACUAUGGGACCACCACGAGCACCUCCACCAAAGAUGAGGGACCUGUUUGUCCCACCUCCAGAAUCCACUCAAGUUCCAGCCAUGACUUCUCAUGCUCCACCGCCUCCCUCAAAUAGACCAGCAAGCACCAUUUCUUCUGGUUCGAGUGAUAGCAGUCGCUAUGUGCGACCAAUGAGCCCCGAAGACGUGUAUGACGAUCGCGAGAGAAUGUCGUACAUGUCGGCCUCGCUCCUGAAUCGUGACCGACAGCAGCACACCCAGUACGCAGCUCUACCAUCUCAUCAAGCCGAUCCAUUCUAUCAUUCUCAUGUCCCCCAUCAACAUCAACAUCAGCCUUCCCAUUCUUCGUCGAAUUCCAUACAUAGCCACAGUCAGGGCAUAAGACAUAACCCUUCAGGGCCACCUUCAACAAUCGUCUCUCGCCAAACCUCGAACACCUCAUCGAACAUGACUACUGGCACUACAGCCAGCGGCAGCGAGAACUGGGAAACAUAUUCCGACGGCUCAGAUAUGGAACCCGAACGAGAUAUCCGGGACAUUUACUACGCCUCGAAAGCCCAUACCCACAACCACAUGGCCAAUGCAUUGGGCACGAACUACAACGCGAACGGGCAGAAGAGACCGAUUGGAGCAGCUGGUGCUGGUAGUGGAGGGGCUGCUGCUGCAGGGCAGAUGGCGCCGCCACCGGCGAAAAAUCAUCACACCGGAUAUCAGACCUCGCAGUACCGACAUGCACAGGAGAGAUUCAGGGAGAUGUCAGAUGAGAAUGCACAUUCCGGCGCCGUGAGGGUCGAGGGCAGUGAUGCUGCUUGGAGCACCGAACUCGAAGAGUCAUAUUAG